UCUUACAGGUUUCGAUUUUCAAACCUAAGUCGUUCAGACAGGGACUCGAAGCACCCGGCAUCAGCUAAAGUUUGGCCCAGUUCAUAAUAUCCAUCAGCUCUCAUACUCAAUAAUUGGGGUUAAAGUCUUACACACAGGGUUACUUAGCACCUUCAGUCUGCUGUAAAUAAAAUCACCUAAUGUUGAAAACAACCAUGCCCACAUCAGCUGAUUAGACCGUAAAUCAAAUUAGUGUUUAGGUGUAUAUGUGAUUCUCCAAUAUGUAUGAACAUACUGUGUAAAUUUUCCCUAUGUUCUUACAAAUCAGAGCAAUAAACCAAGGGAGCGUUUUUCUGUACCGAGUUACUAAACGAACAGAUUGCAAGAAGUCACUUGUGUAUGACUAUUAAUGCCCAUUAGUUCAAUCUUUUCUCCCGCCAGCAGUGAUAAUGUCCAAACAUAGUCACAUGCGUCAACACACUAAGUGAUUAAAUUUCUCAUUAGAACCGUCAUUCAUUAUAUCAUUUGUAGAGUCCUAACAUGACUAUAGCUAUGAUGAAAAAUUUUACUUAGUCACAGUAGGAUGACAUGUUCUUUCCAGAAAAAAUCACAAUUUUGAUACAAAAGAGUAUAGCGUAGUUUUCAUAACUGAUUUCUGCAGCUUAUAUUUAUCCUGGGAGAUAAAUUCAUUUUUUUAGCAAUGGCUCCUUUGACUACUACCGUGGAUCAGUACAAAUUAUCUUCUCUUCCAACUGAUGGUGUUACUGCUGUUCGUUUCCAACCUGGGAAAGCAGCUCCCCAAUUCCUAGUUGCUUCAAGUUGGGACUGUACGGUGCGAAUUUAUGAUGUGGCUUCAGGAAGUCAACGUUUGUUUUACCAACAUAGUACUCCCGUUUUAGACACUGCUUUUUCUGAUACUGUACACGUUGUCAGCGGUUCACUAGAUGGAGAAUUAAAAUUAUUCGACUGCAACACUAAUCAGAAUCAAACUUUAGGUUCAUGUCUGAGAGCUAUUAGUACGAUGCAUUACAAUUCAAAUAUUCAGGCUUGUAUCACAGGUAGUUGGGAUUGUACUGUACGUAUAUGGGACCCACGUGCUUCUGUAGCAUCAUCCAAUUCAACUGAUUCAAAAGGUGGAGCACAAAGUGUUCAUCGUCAACCUAGUACAGUGUAUACGAUGGAUAGUAUACGCAACCAACUGGUUGUAGGUACAGCCGGACGGCAUGUACUAAUAUGGGAUCUCCGUCAAAUGCAUGCACCUUUAGAACAACGUGAAUCAAGCCUCAGAUACCAAACUCGAUGUAUCCAAUGUUUUCCAAAUGGGCAGGGUUAUAUAUUAGGUUCAAUUGAAGGUCGGAUAGCUGUCGAAAUGUUUGAUCCUAGCCCGGAGGUUCAAAAGAAAAAGUAUGCUUUUAAAUGCCAUCGUGUUAAAGAAGGCGAAAAAGAAACGAUUUAUCCAGUAAUUGCCAUUGCCUUUCAUCAAGGAUACAAUACGUUUGCUACAGGCGGUUGUGAUGGUAUUGUAAAUAUAUGGGAUGGAUUUAAUCGUAAAAGACUUGCUCAAUUAUCAAAGUAUCCAACUAGUAUAUCAAGUUUAGCAUUUUCUGAAGAUGGCAAUUUACUAGCUAUUGCUUCUUCAUACAUGUAUGAACGUGGUCCAAUUGAAAAUGAACCAGAACCAACUAUUUAUAUAAGAAGUGUUGCUGAAAACGAAGUCAAGCCUAAACAUAUCAGUAAUACUAAUAAUGUUAAUGCUACUGGUGGCGGAGGUGGUACUGCUGGAGCCAAUGUUGGUUAUAAAGGUUAA